GGGGGCAUCGCAUUAUGGUUUGCGAACAACCGGACCUUCGAGCAGAGGGCCCGGGACAAAACGCCCCGCCCGCUGGAGCACAAUUUGAUCACCGCUGCCAGCGUAGACAAGUCCGACGCCCACAUCGACCGGCGGAAGGGCGUCGCAAGUUCGAGAGAGAAGAAAGUGGCACGGGUGAAAAACGACGUGGAGAUAACCGCAGAGCACGAGGCGGAGAUGGCGAAGCAG